AUGGAAGAGAACUGGAGAGGCGGUAACGCUAGACAGGUUCGUGGCAGAUAUGGUGGAGACUAUAGAAGGAACAGACCACCUGGCAUGAUUAUAGGCCCAGAUUUGCACAGAAGCUUCUCAGACGGUUUAUGUGACGUUACAUUUGAUACAUUUCUCAGUUGUGGGCUACCACACGACCGGGGACUGAAUAAAGCACAGCUUCAGAAACUUUUGGCGUUCAAACCUACACGAAACUUGAGUUCUUUCCUUAACUGCUGUAUUUGCUACGAGAAUACGCUAAUAUGUGCAGUAGGGAAGUGUGAUCAUAUAAUAUGUCUGCUGUGUGCACUAAAGCUGUUUUACUUUUACAGCAAGGAGACUCCAUUCGGGUAUGAGUGUCCAUAUUGCAAGCAUGGUAAUGAGGCUCUCUACUUUUGUGCGAAUCCCUUUUAUGUACACCUUGCUAGCAACAAGGCAUUUUAUUCUUCCAAAGGAAGCUUUGCCUUGACGCAAGAAGAGCUGCAAGACUUUGUGUCUAUCCUCAGGAGGGGCUCAAAUGAUGAAGAAUACUAUGCUUCUGGGAAGGUAAACAUAACAGAGCUCUAUGAGCUCUUUCUGCAGUACAAUGCCGAUGUUGUAAAACGCCUAGAGAGCUUAGGUACGGAGCAUUGUGUGGAAUCUUGCAGUAUCACCAAAUCAAAUGAGACGCUACUUGUCAAUGAUGAUUGUGUUAUGAUUCGCGACAAGGGAUUGAUUUUUGAAUCUUCUGGGAUCUAUCACUUGUGUAGACUCAUAACUACACCACUCUGUUGGAUUCCAGAAUGUAGGAAGAAAUGGUUAAGCACUGGUAUAGACGGUAGCCGUUUUGGAUCCCUGAAGCUUCUAAGUAAACAUCUCAAGGCUGAGCAUAACUAUGUAAUCUGUGAUAUUUGUGCCCAGUAUUUUGCUGACAAAAAGUUUGUCCCAGAAAUGCUACUUUACCAUGCAACAAGGAUAGCAGAUCAUGUAAAGAAUGGAGAUUUUAGAUGCUAUCCGCCAAUCAGUCCACACGUUUCCUGCCCAGCUUGCAAAAUAUAUCAUUGGGAUAAGGCCAUGUUCAAGAAGCACGCAAAGGAAGAACACUUUAUAUGUGAUUUGUGCGAUAGCGGUGAAGUAUUUUCCCAUUAUUCCUCACUUUUUGAACAUUACAAAACAUAUCACUACCCUUGUGAAGAGCAAGACUGCAUGUUUGUCGUAUUUUCUGAUGAUCUUCAAUUACGCCUGCAUUACGUUGCAAAGCAUCCCCAAGUUACAAGGAUUCCAUGCCACAAGAAACCUCUCGCAACUGCACGAAGAGAGGAUGCCUCUCCUGUAUCCCGCACUUCUGCUCCAAUGUUUGAUGAACUCACCACGGAUUUGGCAUGGGAUGGUUUUAUCAGCAUCAUUGGUACAGAGUCACAGAGUGAGACUCUUGAGGAGGUUCUGGAAAAGGAGUCGCCACUCUACCCAUACUUUGUGAGUACAGUCAUUCCAGAUGAUCAGCUCAAGGUAGCAUUGGAUCCAAUUUGUGCAGCUAGGAUGGAAAUGUUUCUCAAGAGAAAUGUCAAUGCAUUGGAGGAGGUGCAAGAGGUCCAUUCAGAAUUUGGCACGACAGAAAAGGAACAUGUUGAGCUAAAUAUGCGAGUGUACAAGAUAAUUGAGUCAAAGUUCCGUGAGUCAUACAAGGCUUGCACUGCAGAUUGCACCAAAGAUGCUAGUAAAACUACUGCUCUUUUUAAUCUUGUCAAGGAAUACAUUGCUAAACUUGUGUUUCUCUGCGGAGCAGAAAAGGGUGGACUAAAAAAACGAUUGCUAAACUGCCUGCAUGACACAGCACAAAUUUCUAAUGGGAUACUUGUCAAGAGCGCACUAGAACAGCUAAUUGGGGAUAUGAAGGAGGUGGUAAGUGCACGACCACUCUCACUCACUAGAGCCAUGAAGCUACAGGGUAAUUUGAGAAAUCCACUUCCAGCUCAGAUAUUGAAUCCAAAGGCAGAUACAAAAGCGGCAGUUGGCAAAAAGAAAAAGAUUGUAAAAUGGGAAAGGAAAAAGGAAGAACAACCAAAGGUAGAAAAGGUGGUUGCUCCUCACCCGGUAGUAGAAAAAGAAAAGGUUAUAGAACCAGCCUAUGUUACAAACCUUCCGGAUACAUCCACACUUUUUAUAAAUCAUGUAAACUCCAACAACUUUUACGGCCUCAUGUAUGAUGUUAUUGGUCAAGUUUUGAGGUCGAAUAUGGAGAAAUAUAGCAAGAAUCAGGAAUACACACUACGUGACACAACAAAGUCAAAACUUGCAAACAUCGCAUUAUCGCAAAAAAGAUGCUUCACAAACCUGGGUGAAUUCAUGAGCAUGAAAAAGCUUGAAUCACUGCAAGCAUUGGAGCCAGAAUUCCAUAGAUUGGUGAGGGAUUUGAAAAAUGUCCAGGAUCUAGCCGAAAUUGCACAAGCAUGGACCAAGAGGUGUCUUGGUAUACUCAAAAAUAUGCAAGUUGAACAUUUGGAAAUUAUACAUUACUACCUAAAGGGCAAUUGCCAAAUUUCAUUGCCACUCUGCAAUGAUGCGGAAUUUCCAAUCCUGGUCAAACAUGCAAAGGGAUUUACAGAAAAUAGAAAUUAUGCAAAUGCACUCGGCGCAAGACCUGGUCCAAGGUUUCAAAAUGAGCUAGACUUUCCGACAUUAGGAGAAACCAGCAGACGCCGCUAA